AUGGCUAAUGAGGUUCGUUGCAAACCGGAUGCUCCCCCGUUCAAAUACCUUGGUCUAAAAGUGGGAGCUAACAUGAAUCGGAUCUCCAAUUGGCAGCCGGUUUUCGAGACGUUUCGAAACCGUUUAGCGAAGUGGAAGUCUCGUCUUUUGUCAAUUGGGGGUAAAGUUGUCAUUACUAAAUCUGUGUUGGAAAGUUUGCCAACUUAUUAUUUCUCGCUUUAUAGAGCUCCUAAAAAGAUUAUUUCGGACUUGGAAGCUAUGAUUAGAAAGUUUUUAUGGGGAGGGUCUAGUGAGGAAAGAAAAUUGCAUUGGUUGGAGGCUUCUAAAGACUGUAAAAUCGUUGAUCAAAUUUCGAGAAACGGUAACGAUUCUGCGUUUAUUUGGGAGUGGAGAGCAGCGCCGAAUUCUGCGGAGUUAAGUUCUAGUCUUCAGCAGCUGAUCUCAGAGUUGCACAAUGUCCAGAUCUCCGAUAGGAUUGACAAGUGGGUCUGGAAAUUUGGUUCGUCAGGAGAAUUUUCCGUGAAAGAGGUUAAACGUCUUCUUUAUUCCGAGUACGAGGUCGGUGACAGGUUUGUUUUAGAUUAG